GUUUUGGGGAUGUUUUCCAAGUGCUGGUCACGUGACUUGCUGUUACUAAUAUACCCUGCUGCCACCACCGUAGCGUUGUAGAACUAAGCCAGUAAGCGUUUCCAAGGAAUCGUGAGAAUGGCUGGUUCAAAUACCUCAAAUGGGAAAUUACCCAAAAAAAUGUCGUGUUUUAUUUGCGGCAACAUAUACCAAGACGAGAACAGACGAGUUGGUCUGUUUCAUGUACCGAAGAAGAACUUUUCCAGUUGGAAAUUUGUGCUACCUGAAUUGUUGGAAAAAUCAAGACUUUGUGACAUCCAUUUUGACAAAUGUGAUGUAUUGAAAGGAAUCACAGUUGGUAAGGACUUUUAUCCAUAUGACAGAUGGAGAUUGCUUCCCUCAGCAAUACCAAAACAUUUACUGGUAAAACAAAGUGCAGCUGCCAGUCGCACUCAAAGUCGCACACCUUUGAAAGACAUUUUUAGUGUGAACCACACAGGGAAUCAACCUACGAACUACUUUCCACCAAAAAAACGUAAUAGUAAAGGAUCUACAUCAAUAUCACAGACUCCAGAAAACAAGAUAGCAAUGGAUGAAGAUGAAGAACAUUCUAUUGUAGGAUGUGCUAUCGAGAACACUCCAGAAAACAAGAUAGCAAUGGAUGAAGAUGAAGAACAUUCUAUUGUAGGAUGUGCUAUCGAGAACACUCCAGAAAACAAGAUAGCAAUGGAUGAAGAUGAAGAACAUUCUAUUGUAGGAUGUGCUAUCGAGAACACUCCAGAAAACAAGAUAGCAAUGGAUGAAGAUGAAGAACAUUCUAUUGUAGGAUGUGCUAUCGAGAACACUCCAGAUAAUGAAGAAAAUCUCCGUGUUCUCGUUUCUUAUGAAGAAUGUCUCCUAAACAAGUUUAAAGCUUGCGAAAAAGAAGCAGCGCGAAUUCGUGAGUCCUUCAAGGAACAAUUGUUGGAGGAAUUAUCAGUCCGGUAUGUCGAUGUGAUGGACAAUCAAUCUAGUAAUGAUGAAGUGAAACAUGAAAUGCUUUAUGAUAUGUGUGGUUAUCUCGUGAAAACUCGUGAUUCUGUAUGGAUACAUUGCCCUAACUGCAAGAAAGGCCUUAUUACGAAGUAUGAGGAUUUGCCUUCAACUUUCUUGUCUGCUGACUACACUGCCGAUCGGAAUCAUGGCGGUCUAACCUUUGUUACUGUAAAUUUUUUUAAAAUAAUUCAACUGGUGGAAAAUGUGAUGAGCAAUUUUUUCGACAACGAUAGUCAUGUCUACAUAUCUAAUUGCUAUGAAACUGUGAUGUCAGAAAUAUGUAAAUUGAAACUGUUAAAUGUCUUUUGUUUUGAACACGAAGAGUCGCUGCCAUAUAUAAUUCUGCAAUAUGUUCACAUACGAUUUCAUACAGAGUCAAAACGAUUUCGUAAUUUUUACCUCUCCAAAGAAAGAACGCAGAUGAAAACGAAUAAAAAAAUGUCAAGAACUUCUAUUCACGCAAAAAAUACAUUGCCAAAACCAGAAGUUAACAUCAAUACAAAGGUUUAAACAAA